AAACAGCUGACAUGUGAAGCAACAGCAGGAGCAACAACAAGAGCAGCCAGUGCAGCUGCGCUGAGGAUGAAUGGUUCACUGGAGGAUCACAAGUGUUCCUCGAGCGGACUCGAAGAACAUGUCCGGUUUUUAACUCGUGACUUGGCUUGAGACUGACUGGGACAUAAACGGCGAUUUGAUGGCGCGUCACUGACACAACAACUCACGGAAAAGAAGCGCGAGGAGAGACGAUGAACUCAGGCAUGCACAAGCCACCUUUGGCCCCCAAACCAAAACUGGUGCAGUCCCACAGGCCUGGAUUUUCUCCCUCGACCACCAGAAGAGAAGUUCUUUCCCUCCCCUCUCCUGGCACACAGAGAAGAGUUAAACCAGUACUGGCCCCCAAACCAUGCCUCUCUAAACUUACUGCUACGGUGCAAUCCAAAGCUCUCACUUCAAAGAGCCUUCAUCAAACAUCUGUAACAGAAGACCCUCAGACCAUUGGUCUGCUGAACUCCCAAAAUGGAUUACAGCAAGAAAACAAAAAGCCAAAUUGGGACUAUAUUAUUCCCAUUUGCUUGUGCAGCAGGGAAAACUGUCAGUGCGUCAGGAACACAUCUUUAGUCAUAAACAAAGUGGAGAGAGAGCUGAAAAUAUCGCACAAGGGCAAACAUGAAGAUGGCAGAAGGAUUCUCUAUGGACCUUCAGGUGCAGUGGGUAGCAAAGAAAGAACAGACGCUGCUAACCUCCAUGUGAUCGAUAAUUCUCCACAAAAUGCUCGUCUUCAGCCUCCCUCUACCAAUACCCACCUCAGUAAUCAUGAGCCUCUACAAGAGAUGCUUAAUUUGGACAAAAAUCCAAAUACAGACAUCAGUGCCUCCAGUCCUGUAGUGAACAUUAGGCAGCCUCUCCCUCACAGAACAUGGAGCGAUGGGGCAAAUGGUAAUGUCAUACCUCAGAGUUCAUUUGGUCACGGACCAAAGGAAGAUGCUAUUUGUUCAGUGCCCCAACCCAAACCAGCCUAUACAAAACCUGCCCCCCUGCCACGGAAACCCAGGACAUCUGUUCUUGCUCUUCAGGAAAAGGUGGAGAAGGCGGAGGAAGAGAUUAUAUGCCAGGAAGGGAGGGACGUUAACGUCAGAGAGGUGAAGGUGCCAUCAGAGGGGAAGGACAGCUCUUCCCUAUCUGUUAGUGUACCUGUUAAAGAAAACAGUCAGCCAAUUGUUCUGUCUGUGAGGAAAGCAUGUGCUCCACCGGCUCCUCCACCCCAGAAGAAGGCUUUUCUCUCUGCACCUGAGCAAGUGCCAACUGAGGCAUUGGCAAAGGAUGUGGAGGAGGAAGAUCUGGGUUGGGACAGCAGUAUCUAUCAGAUGGAGAUAUCAGUUGAUGAGGAGGACAAAGAGCUGGAGAAGGCAAUGGAGGAAAAUGAAGAUCAGGGGGGAGUCUACACCAACCUUAUACAGUGUCCUUCUUCUUGCAGUUUGCCUGAUCAACUGGAGAUCUAUCAGCCUCCUGCCAUCACUAUGGCAGCAGAGAAUGGGGCAGUCAAGAUGCGUCCAAAGAAGCCUCAGAGACAUUCCAGCCCAAUGGCAUGCAUGCAGAAGGAUUCCUUUCAGGUGAAGAAAAUGGAGAAAUCAGGAGAUAAUGAGAGAGGAUGGAUGUUUCCCAGUCCAGAUUGUGUUUUGAAGGAGAGAGCAAAGAGGGAGCUGCCUUUGCCUCCACACGAGAAAGUAAACAACAACCAACUAAAAGCUGGAAUAAUCAAGCCUCCACGGUCCAGCCUGGGCAAACCGAGAGCCAAGUCUUUCUCUGGUGCUGACCUCAUCAGCUCUAACAGACAGAGAAAGAACUCUUUCCAGAAACUGAUGGACUUAAAGCUCUCGGUGAAGAUGCUGCCCAAGCUUAUUGCUAAAGGAAGCCAGAGCACAGACUCCUCUGCGAACGAUCACGAACAAAGUGUUGACAAUCAAAAAGAUGUGCUCCACACUCUCCCAGAGUAUCUCAGGGGUGAACGCAAAUUCUCCUGCCCUCUUGUUGGAGUAGAGCAAAGCGUGGAUGGAGAAGAAUUUUGUCCUGGAAUAGACCAAGAUGUUUACUAUGAGAACAUCCGUCACUAUGAGGAGAUACCGGUUUACAUGAACGUUAACGUCGGAGAGGCAGAGGCGUCUCCUCAGGCAGCCCUCUCACAGCCUACAGCCUGGCACAAUGAAAUGUACAACGAUGAGGGCAUUUACGAGGAGCAGGAGCCGUAUAUGCCCUUUGAGAAAAACACUAGAAUUCAGCUCUGUCAGACACCAACACAGAGGAGCUCCGCCAGUGAGGAAAUGGCACCAAUGGGCGAUGACCCCACAGAUGAUGAUGACUAUGAUGAGGAGGAUGAUUUCGAGGCAAACACCUCUUUCUCAGAUGAGGAGGAUGAGAAUGAUAGCAGCUCCAUUUCAAGUAAAGGAGAUGCUGAGCAGCCAGAGGAGAAUCUGGGUGCACAGAAGAAGAGCAAGAUUCAUCACAUUGCCACAGAAAUCAUGAGCUCUGAGAAUGUGUUUGUUGAUGUCCUGAAGCUGCUUCAUGUUGACUUCCGUGAGGCGGUGUCCAAAGCAUCGCGUCAGAAUGGGAAGCCUGUCAUAGAGGAGCGUCUCCUCAGCCAGAUCCUCUAUUACCUCCCACAACUCUACGAACUCAACCAAGACCUGCUGAGAGAGCUGAGGCAGAGAUUGGCCAAAUGGGAUGAGAAAGCACAGCUGGCAGACAUUUUCCUGAAGAAAGGGCCUUAUCUAAAGAUGUACUCCACAUACAUCCGUGAGUUUGACAAGAAUGUGGCUCUACUGGAAGAGCAGAGUAAGAGGAACCUGGCAUUUGGAGCUGUAGUACGUGAAUUUGAGGCCACUCCGCGCUGUGCUGGCUUGGCUAUAAAGCAUUACCUGCUCAAACCUAUUCAGAGGAUUCCCCAGUAUCAGCUGCUGCUCACAGACUAUCUGAAAAACCUGUCUGAGGACUCGGAUGAUUACAAGGAUACGCAAGCUGCUCUUGCAUUAGUAAAAGAGGUAGCCAAUCAUGCCAAUGACAUCAUGAAACAAGGGGAUAAUUUCCAGAAAUUGAUCCAGGUGCAGUGCAGUCUGAAUGGACAUCAUGAGAUAGUCCAGCCUGGGCGGGUCUUCCUGAAAGAGGGUGUUCUGAUGAAGCUGUCGAGGAAGGUCAUGCAACCCAGAAUGUUCUUCCUGUUCAACGACAUGCUGCUGUACACCACUCCUGUUCAGUCAGGCCAGUACAAGCUGAAGAACAUGUUGUGUCUGGCAGGGAUGAAGGUAAGCAAACCAAGUCAAGAGGCCUAUCAGAACGAGUUGAACAUUGAGAGUGUGGAGCGCUCCUUCAUUCUCUCUGCCAGUUCGGCCACAGAGCGGGAUGAAUGGUUAGUGGCCAUCUCCACCGCUAUCGGUGACUACACCAGGAAGAAGAUCACUUUUAUAAAUGGCAAACCUUCAGAAGAGGUAGACCUGAUGGACAGUGGUGAUGGUGCUCCUUUGGGAUCCAAAGCCCCAAUAUGGAUCCCUGACCCACGGACCACAAUGUGUAUGAUCUGCACCUGUGAGUUCUCCAUAGCAUGGAGGAGACACCACUGUCGUGCAUGUGGUAAGGUGGUGUGCCAGUCCUGUUCCUCCAAAAAACACCGCCUUGAAUACCUAAAGAACCAGUUAGCACGAGUAUGUGACCAAUGUUACGUUGUUCUUCAGCAGCAGAAAAGUGAAAGGUCCACGUUUUCAGUGGUGUCCCCUGGAAGCAGAGGCGCCUUUGGCUUUACCAGGAAGCAUAAAAAGAUACCUGCGGCUCUCAAAGAGGUGACGGCAAACACAGACAAUUCCUCAAUCAGUGGGUAUCUCCAUCUCCUCCGGUCCAAGGGCAAUAAGAAGCAGGGGAAGAGGCUGUGGUUUGUCAUCAAAAACAAAGUCUUGUACAUGUAUGCUGCAAGUGAGGAUGUCGCAGCCUUGGAGAGUCAGCCCUUGUUAGGAUUUGUGUUGAAAGAAGAUUCAUCUCAGAAGUUACAAUUUAAGCUCUACCACAAAAACACACUUUACUACAGUUUUAAAGCUGAUGACAUACAGACAGCUCAGAGAUGGAUCAGCUCAUUCGGUGAAGCCACUGUAUUGUAAUAUCAUCAAACUGUGUGCAAAGUUAUUAAACAUAAUUUCUUUUAUUAACCAUGUUUUACCUCAGUGCUGCUGUGUAUAUUAGAUGUAAAUAAAGUAAAUACAAGGUAUUUAAUUGUUUUAAACAUUUAUUGUAGUGACAUUUACAUUGUUUUUACAACAAUCAUGUGAAAGUGGAAAUCAAGCAUUUUUUAAAAUAUUAAAAUCAUUAUUUUACAUCAGGAAAAUUAUUCAAGUUAUUUUCAAUAUUUAAGAUCUGAUUUUCAUCUUUUAAUUUAAUUGUAUAGUAACCUGCUUGGAUUGUACACAUUUGUCAAUAAAAGCCCCCAUCAAUAUAUUUUUAAUGAUAAAUACACAUAUUUUGUUCAGAGGUUGAAACAAAAAUUGCAUUUUUUUUAAUGUUGUUUAUGAACAAGUUAGUUAAUUCACACAAAUGUUUUGCAAAUUGCUGUUUGUACGUUAUAUAUCCUGACACACUCCAGCAUCUAUAAAUAGAGAAGAGUGUAAAUUAAUGUUGUUAAACUUCCCUUAAUCUUGAUUUUAUUGUUCUGCCACUAAUAAAUGUUUAUUUUACA